AUGGCACCCAGCAGACAACGUAAAGUAGCUUCCCAAGGGAACCCGAGAGAUGAUGGACCAAGCAAAAUACAAGCGUCUGAUUUACAUAAACAUUAUGCUUACUUGAUCAUAUUGGUAAUUCUAGCUGGCACCAUCAGCAUAAGCCAUAGAACAUUUCUAUCUACAUUAUUUGAAAAUGACAGACAUUUUUCUCACCUAUCGAGUCUUGAGCGAGAGUUAUCUUUUAGGACUGAAAUGGGCUUGUACUUCUCCUAUUUUAAAACUAUUAUUGAUGCAGAGACAUUUUUUAAUGGUGUCUAUCAAAUUAUGAGAGAUAACAUUACUGAAUAUCCAUCAACAAUCAACACAUUGAAGCGUUUUAAUCUCUAUCCAGAGGUAAUACUAGGUCUUGGUUAUAGGAUUUUUCAAACUACAAGUGACUUUUUUGGUCAUCAUACUAAGACAUGUUGGACUGUCAACCGAGGUGAUAAUCUUAGCCCUGUCCAAAGUUGUGAAGGUCUAGGUGAACCAUCUUAUUUCUACAUAGAGGCCGUUUUUCUGUUAAAUGGUUUUAUGAUGGGUACAUUUUUUCUUUUUGGAACAUAUUUAAGUGGAAGUAUAUUUGGAGGACUGAUAACAGUUAUUUGCUUCUUAUUCAAUCAUGGAGAGGCAACAAGAGUGAUGUGGACACCUCCGCUAAGAGAAAGUUUUGGCUACCCACUGUUUGUUCUUCAAAUGUUUGUCGUAACCUAUGUACUCAGGAGUCGAAAGUCUACUAUGGAAUACUCUUUACUCAUUGCAUGGUCUCAAGUAUGUUUCAUGCUCUCUUGGCAGUUUGCCCAGUUUGCUCUUUUAACCCAAACACUUGCAGUACUCACUCUGUAUGUGCUUCAGUUUAUCUCUGCAGACAUCUAUAAAGCUUUUCUGCGUGGUCAAACUAUUGGACUUGUGCUAAGCUAUCUGUUGCUUUUUGGUAAUGAAAUGCUUCUCACAUCAUUCUUCUCUUGUAGUAUUAUUGCUGCUUGGGGGCUUCUAUUUUUUGAACAGUUUUAUAAAGGAUUAAAAUAUCGAUUUUUAGUUUUGUUAUCUCAAGGCAUUACUUUCAUUAUGGUCACUCUAUCUUCAAAGUUUGUCAUUGGAAAGUUAUUUCAGCUCGAGGAUGAUGCACAUAUUGCAGACAUCUUUAAAAGUAAAUUUACAAAUUUUCAAAACUUUCACACCAUGUUGUACACCUGUGCCAAAGAGUUUGAUUUUAUUGAAACAGAGACAAUUUGGAAACUGUCGAUGACAUUGCUUCUUCCCAGUGCUUUAGUUGCGCAAAUUGUAGUUGCUUUUCAUAUUUUGAGAGCAGAAAUAAAAGGCACAAAUGUAGUCUUAAAUAAUAAAGACACAAAGGCUGAAGCAUCAUUGGCCUACAGCAGGCAUAUUUCUAAGUAUGAUGCAGAAUUAUUGUAUCAUUCACUCCAACUGAUAGCUUUUACUGCAGUGGCUAUUCUUGUCAUGCGUCUCAAGCUGUUUUGGACUCCUCAUCUUUGUUUAUUUUCAUCAUUACUAGCUUCCAGAAAGGUCUUUCCUUGGCUAAAGAAAGAAAAUCACAUUGCUGUUCUCGCAGCACUGGUAGCCUGUAUGGCUUUGUAUGGUAUCAGUAAUGUCAAGGUACAACUAGGUAGAGUUGGUGAGUUCAGUAACAUUCCACAAGAGGAGCUGGUUGAAUGGAUUAAUUCUAAAACAGAUAAAGAUGCUGUGUUUGCUGGAGCCAUGCCAACAAUGGCUACUGUCAAGCUAUGUACUCACCGUCCUAUUGUCAAUCACCCACAUUAUGAGGAUGCUGGUUUAAGGGAAAGAACAAAACUAGUUUAUAGCAUAUAUAGUCGUAAGCCUCUCGUUGAAGUUAAAAGUAAUCUAGACAAACUUGGAGUCCAAUAUGUUAUAUUGGAGGAUUCAUGGUGUUCACAAAGGUUACGAGACGGGUGUUCAAUGCCAGAAAUUUGGGACAUAGAAGAUGUGGCAAACCAUGGAAAACAAGCAGCCUGCCUUAGGCUGAAGAAGAAUACUGACAGCUCACUUUUUAAGCUUGUCUUUAAAAACAGUGUGUACUAUGUGUUCAGGUUGAUAAAUUCUUAAACUUUGGAACUCAUUUCACAUAAGUACAAUAGUUAUUUAUUUCACUCUGUCAUUACUAUUAGGAUUGUAUACAUGUGUGCAUAUAAAAAAAACAACUUCUGAGAGCAUAUAUAUUUAUAUAUAUAUUUAUUAAAGCCUUGUCUCCACCAUCACCCUUUGGAUAAAAUAAUUCAGGUGCUCAUGAUUUUUUCUUUAUAAAACAGGUAGGAAUAGUUAUUCACCCAUUGUGUGCUUUACUAAAUAAGCUAAUGUAUAUUUUUUCAAGUGCAGUAAUGUUUUUCUACUGUAAGAAUCUCUACUCUUUUAUUUUAGUAUUAUUCCAUCCAAUACUAUUUGCAAAAUCUGCAAGUGUUUAGUUGCAGUGUACAGUUAAAAAAGAUGUUUAAAAAUACAAUUUGACAAAUCUGAACAAAAUUUUAAGAUGCUUUUUAAUUUGCUAAGAGGUUGCUAUUCAAUAAUAAAUCAUUUUUAAACUUUUCAUUCAAAAGAUGAGUAUUUUUUAAUAAAUUCUACAUUGCAAUAGUUCACAAAGAAUUUUAAAAAUAUUUUCUCAGUGUUUUAGUUUUUACAUUAUUUUGAUUAAUAAGGUCUCCUUUUUCAAUUAAACUUAAUUAACUUGAAUUUAAUUUACUAUUAUUAUUGUAAAUUAUUUUUACCAUUUAAAUGCAAUAGCAUAAUGAUCAUUUUUAUCUAAAUGCUUCAAAAAAUUGCUAUGUAUAAAAGAAAAGAUUUUUUUUGCCUAUUGUUUUAAGGUCAAAGGUUCAUCCAUAAAUAAUGUUACAUUACUAGGUGGAGGGAGUGGGCCAAGAAAGUGUGAUAUCAGACUUGUUGCAUUUGAAAUGUUUUAAAACAUGAGUUUUAGCGGUUAUUUAACAUUUUGUAAAUACUUUUUCAUUAAUGGUUAUGAGUUUGAUAGAUUAAUCUUAAUUUGACCCUAAAAUGGUCUAAUAGUGACGGAUUAAUAAGGUUUUUUUUGCUGAUAAGUCAACCAACAGUAGAAAUUGUAAAAAAAAAAAAAAUUUUGCAAAGGGAAACAACAAAACAUUUUUGUGAAAUCAACCUGUCUUGGCUCUUCCCCCCUUUAAGAAAUAAAACAAAAAUGUCUUUUUAAGUUAAAGGAAAUAAUACCCUAUUCUCUUUCUGUUAACCAGGUCAUCUAUUGUCCAUUGUAGUUUUUUAAUUGCUAUGUGGAACAUAUUUAUGAUUUAUUAAAUUAGGUGACUUUUGCACUAUAUUAUUGUUUAGUUGGAUUACAUUCAUAUUUUUAUUGUUCAAGUUUCCUAGACAUUUUGAUUUUUUGUUUGUCUUUAUUAACCAUGACUUAAUUUUAAGACCCCAUAUUCUGCUGAUUGUGUAUAUAAAAUGAGAUCUACAGAUGAAAAUGUCACAUAAAUAUAAUGUAUAUUUGCUACUGCAUACAUUUGUCUUUGUUAGCUACAUGUUCAAUUCUCUUUGUCUAAAUGAACAAUUUUAAAGCUGAAUGAACUUCUCAAAAGUAAGCAUCAAGUUUACAUGGAUCUAUAAUGUUGCCUGAGUAGCCUAUACUUCAGUUAAAAUGAAGUACCGAUGACUGAAUAAAAAAAACCCAUGAUCAUUCAAGUGCAAUUAUAUUUUUACUCACAACCUGCAUAUUGCAAGUACUACAGUGAUAACUUCAAUCAUAAAUUCUUAUCAGUGUAGAUUAUCUUGAAGGAGGAGGCUGUAUCAUCCAUGCAUUUAGUAGUUGAAAAGUUGUUAGUGGUGGUGGUGCUAAGUAUAAAUGAGCAUGCUUUUUAAAAUACUCCAUGUAUAAUUACUCACUGCUUAGUUUUGUUAGUACAUGCUAGUAGCUAUUUUUAAGUUAUUUUUUUAAAUGCUUCAGGCUUAUAACUUUUGUAAUUUCGAGAUUAAUAAAUUUUUUAACUAAUACUGCAUGCCGUAUGUGCCAUUGCUGAAUUUGACAAUAUUAACAUUAUUUUCUUUACAAAAUAUUUAAAGACAAUUGAGCUCUGUUAAACUUAACCAUUAAGUUGUUCUGUGAAAGGUUGUCUCAAGUUGGAUAAACCUCAUUUUACUUCAGUCUGCAUAAACUAGAUAAAGAAAUUUUGUUCCCUGCACUCUUUCUUACUUGCAAUUUACUUUUAAAAAUUUGUUUUGUUGCUAAGAAAUAAACUUUAGUAAUGUCCUGAUAAAUUGUUCAAAUUUUAAUCAAAUAAAUGUGGUGUGAAAUUAAAGUGGGGAUAUAUUAAUUGAUCUAACGGUUUACUCAUAAAAAACAACCACCAAGCACAUUUAAACAAAGAA